AACGCCAUUCCCGAUAUUAAACUCUAUAGACUGUGCGCGAACACGUUUUCUUUUUCCUUAACGCCGCUAUUGAAAUCGAUACAGCAGUCUACUUGACGCGUCAUCGUAGAUUCCCAUAACGCAAUAAGUUAUGUAUGUCCUUCACACUUCAGAAAAAUGGCAACCAAUUGAGUUUUUGCAAUUUUUCAACACAAAUUCGCAAAUUUGUGAUAUUUACAUGCCUGCUGGUGUUUUCACUGCUGUUCUCUCUGAGAUUGGACAAUACGAUAGAAUGGAACUAUUGGAUCAUCUUCUUACCUAUCUGGAUAUGGAAGUUUUUUGUGAUUGCCGGCGCCAUUGUUGGCAGCUAUGUGUGGUUCAAGCACCCUCUCUACAGGUUAGAGGGUGACAGUUUUGUGCAGUUCAAGGCAAUGGUCAUCACAACAAGUCUGCACCUGAUGCUACUGGUGUUUGAUGUAUUGGCCUGUGACAACCUGCAGACGAAUGGACACUCAUGGAUUUUCGUCUUCAUACCCUUGAUGUUCAUGUCAAUUGUGGCCAUAGGGUUUUGUGUAUGGGCCAUUAAAAAUGAGCGUUCUUUUGAGUUGGAGUUGUUUUGUUCUGUGAACAUCCUGCAGUUUAUUUUCCUAGCCCUUCGCUUAGACAAUGUGAUAACAUGGAGCUGGGUUAUCGUGUUCAUACCAAUAUGGAUCGUGAUGUGUGUGUCAUUGAUAGGCGUCAUCUAUGCCAUCAUUCUGGCGAUUCUGUUGUCACGGACACCUAACAUUCUGCGGGACCGGAGAAGGGGAAAUCUGACAACUGCAAUAGGCUAUUCCCUGCUUGUCAUUCCAAUGUUAAUAUUUGAGAUACUUCUGGCCAACCGCUUGGAUGGAGACAACCAUUUCAAAUUCACUUCAGUGACUGUGCCUCUGUUUAUCUCCCUUUUCACGCUUAUUCUGUUAUCAUUUGGAGCAAGGGGAGGCAACCAUUGGUGGUUUGGUAUAAGAAAAGACUUUUGCCAGUUCAUUCUGGGCAUAUGCCCCUGUCUGCAGGAAUACGGGAAUAUUUCCUAUACAGCUCAGUCCCGCACCGAGUUCCAAACUGGCGAGAAUGAGAAAUCAAAACCUGCACAGAAGAAGACUCCAUUCGAUGAUCAGCACAAAAUUGUCAUGCCCAUUAUAUCCAUAGACAUGCCUGACUGAACACCUGUAAUGCCCAUUAUAUCCAUAGACAUGCCUGACUGAACACCUGUAAUGCCCAUUAUAUCCAUAGACAUGCCUGACUGAACACCUGUAAUGCCCAUUAUAUCCAUAGACAUGCCUGACUGAACACUUGUAAUGCUCGAAUUGCUGAUUUCCUUCAAAGCUCUCAUAAGUCUGGAUCUGUUUGGUUCCACAGCGCAUGUGUAUUUGGGUCCACUUUUAAUCUGUACUGUCUGUAAGAUGUGUUUGUGCAAUGUUUUUUAAUUUUUUGACACGGGAUGUUUGUAAAACAAAUUGUGAAUCGGAAUGGAUUCAAUCAGAUUAGAGAUUGUUUCUUAUAAAACUGUUUAAUGUGUAUAAAAUGCAAUAGGCAAGAUCCAACCUUAUGGGCAAGUGACGCGGCAGGGGAAUUUAUGAAAUAGCUCAUCUGUCACUUUAAGUUUAUGAAAUUGUUAAGAUAUCUUACAUUUAGCUGUACUUAAAUACAUUUUAAUCAAAGCUCAUGAAUGUAAUAAUAUUAUUAAACUUG